UUUCUUUUUUUUCACCUCUCCACGAUAUUUUCCAACAACGGUUAAACUUCCAAAAAAUAAGCAUUCAUUGCUUCUAUUUGCAUCAGUCGCUUUCACUCUUCUCUUCAUUUUGUUUUUUCGAUUUCUAUGCUUUCUUCCGUCUCGCGCGGUGGUGGAUGGCGGAGAUCUGUUGCGGUGUGGUGAGCGAGAGCGAGGGUUCGUGCGAGACCAGCACCAGAGCGGCGAGGAGGCGGAGGGCGGAUCCCUCCGUCAAGCGCCGCUGUCUCGAUCUCUGCGAUAAAGCUUUGCAUAAUUGCGGUGGCGAAACUGAGAAACUGAGUUUGAGAUCGGAGAAAGGGAAGCAGUUGCCGCCGCCGAUCGUUUUGACUCCGAUUCUGAAUCCGCUGCCGUCGUCUGCCGCCGGCGCCGAGAUCAGCAAGGAUGUCCUCCCGAAAUUCGGUUUCACCUCCGUUUGUGGACGGCGGCGGGACAUGGAGGACGCCGUCGCGAGUCAUCCUUCCUUUUUCAGGAGUAAAAAACACGAUCUCGACGACGCCGCCGCAGCUCUCCACUACUUCGGCGUCUACGACGGCCACGGAUGCUCUCACGUAGCUACAAAAUGCAAGGAAAGAUUGCACGAGAUGGUGAAGGAGGAGUUGCUCCUCGACGACGUCGGAGAAGAAGAAUCAGAUCGAAACAGUAGCAAUUGGUGGAGGCGCGUGAUGGAGCGUAGCUUCACGCGCAUGGACAAAGAAGUGGUUGCAUGGAACGAAAACGUGGUGGACAACAUGAUCCCGAGCUGCCGAUGCGAGCUGCGGACGCCGGACUGCGACGCCGUCGGAUCCACGGCGGUGGUUGCUGUGGUAACUCCGUACAACAUAGUCGUCGCCAAUUGCGGCGAUUCGAGGGCGGUGCUGUGCCGGAACGGCAAGGCCAUUCCCCUUUCCAUCGACCACAAACCGGACCGGCCGGACGAGAUGAACCGGAUACAGGCCGCCGGAGGCCGAGUCAUUUUCUGGGAGGGUGCCCGGGUUCUUGGAGUUCUUGCCAUGUCAAGAGCCAUCGGAGAUAAUUAUUUGAAGCCAUACGUGAGUUGCGAGCCGGAGGUGACGAUAACGGAGCGGAGCGAAGGGGACGAGUGCUUGAUACUAGCGAGCGAUGGGCUGUGGGACGUGGUGUCGAACGAGACGGCGUGCGGUGUGGCGAGGAUGUGCCUGAAGGGGAAGGCCAAGGUGAUGGACGGUGGCACCGACAAAGCGUGCGAGGAUGCAUCGAUGUUGCUCACAAAGUUGGCUCUGGCGCGGCGGAGUGCAGACAACGUUAGUGUACUCGUUAUUGAUCUGAUGGGGACGGGCAUCUUACAUUUCUAAUUUUAGUACAUCUCACUUUCUCUCUUUUAUAAACGUGGAGAUGUUUGGUUGUAAAAUUGAUGGGCACCUCAAGUAUGUGAAACGAUGAGUUUUCGUCUGUUGCGACAAUCUUUGUACAGUAAGUGCGGCCACCUUUAAUUCCAAUUUCUUCACUACUUGUUACA